AUUUGAAUUUAAAAGAUGGCGGACACAGCUCCAGCCACCCGAGGUGGUUUCCGUGGCGGUUUUGGCUCUCGAGGUGGAACUGGCGAUCGUGGUGGUCGUGGAGGCCGUGGACGAGGUGGUCGCGGUCGUGGACGUGGACGUGGUCGUGGCAAGGAAGACCAGAAGGAAUGGAUUCCAGUUACCAAGCUUGGUCGUCUAGUAAGAGACGGAAAAAUCCGUUCUCUUGAAGAUAUCUAUCUCUUCUCUUUGCCCAUCAAAGAGUUCGAAAUCAUUGAUCAGUUCAUCGGGCCAUCACUUAAAGAUGAGGUCCUCAAAAUUAUGCCUGUACAGAAACAAACCCGUGCUGGUCAACGUACUCGUUUCAAGGCUUUCGUAGCUAUUGGAGACAGCAAUGGACACAUUGGUCUAGGAGUAAAGUGCUCCAAAGAAGUUGCAACAGCUAUCCGGGGUGCUAUUAUUUUAGCUAAGUUAUCAGUAGUUCCAGUACGUCGUGGAUACUGGGGUAACAAGAUUGGUAAACCCCAUACUGUACCAUGCAAAGUCACUGGCAAAUGUGGAUCAGUACAAGUGCGUUUGAUCCCAGCACCCAGAGGUACAGGUAUCGUGUCUGCUCCAGUUCCCAAGAAACUUUUGCAGAUGGCUGGUAUCGAAGAUUGCUACACAUCAGCUCGUGGAUCAACUUGUACUCUUGGUAACUUCGCUAAAGCAACAUACGCAGCCAUCGCCAAGACCUACGCUUACUUGACCCCUGAUUUGUGGAAGUUCAUGCCACUCACAGAAGCUCCGUAUGAAGAACAUGCUGACUGGUUGUCCAAAAAUCAUCGGGCCGUUACUGGUCAAAGAAGCGCUGAUGCUGUUUAAAUAAUAACUUCUAAUGGUUAUCAUCAAUAAAUGACUCAUGGCGAUAAAUUA